UGACUUAAUUUCAGCGGUUUGCUCAUUCAGGUGUAAUUGCAGCUUGCUCGUCAUACGGGAUAGGGGGCGCCACAGCUCCUGAAAUUACACACUUGUCAUCUCUUGCACCCUCUACUUGUUAGUCAUUGGGAAGCAAUCCCGCCUACCGUUCGUCACUCGAUUGGAUAUAGCGUGUCGCAAUCACGAAGUUGAUUGGACAGAGCAAUUGACAAUCAACCUCCAUCGGGCGGAAUCAUUUUCACUUGAGUUCGGCUUCCCGUACCUUCUAAUGUCUUGUGGUUUUUAAACGGAUGACCUCUGGUUACAAAUUUGAAAACUCCUGUUCGCUCUGUGACUAUAAGUGAUCCAUUAUAGAGGCAGAGCGCACCCGGAGCAGAACAACGUGAUUAAGCGUUUCGAUCAUGGUGAACGAAAUAAGGAUAUUGUGUGUGCGUUGAACUUGCCUCUGUCCACUUCAGUGACUGAUGAACGGCCCUACCUAUUUUAAAAAGCAGAUGUUACAUUCUUCAGUUUGAGCUUCCAAUGGCUGCUCAGAACGAUGGUCCUUGUGAUCUGGAGCUCUUCCGUGUGGUUCAGGCUCCACCAACUGUCUAUUACAUUCCCAACUUUAUCACCAUGGCUGAAGAAAAAUAUUUACUGCAGCAGAUUUAUGAUUCACCCAAACCCAAGUGGACUCAGUUGUCGGGAAGAAGGCUACAGAACUGGGGUGAGGGAACACCCGAGUAAUAGGGGUGGUUUACCUCACCCGAAGGGAAUGCUUAUUGAGAAGCUACCUGAUUGGCUGGAGAAGUACACAAAGAGAAUAUCAUCCAUGCAGCUUUUCACAGGGAAAGUUGCUAAUCACGUUUUGGUUAAUGAAUACAACCCUGGUGAAGGAAUCAUGCCUCACGAGGAUGGACCUCUGUACUUUCCAACUGUGACCACUAUAAGCCUUGGCUCUCAAACUCUACUAGAUUUCUAUCAUCCCAUUACAAAAGAGAACGAAGAGAUUGCUGUACCUCAAACCGAAGAGAAUCGCUACUUUUUAUCUCUGCUGGUUGAGCCACGUAGCCUCCUGGUGCUGAAAGAUAGCAUGUACUUGAAGUAUCUACAUGGAAUCAGACCUGUGUCAGAGGACGUUAUCACAGACAAGGUGGCAAACUUGACGUCUUGCAACUCAAAACUUGGAGCUGUUUUAGCGAGGACUACAAGAGUGUCUCUGACUGUUCGUCAUGUGCCAAAAGUUUUAAAAACUUCCAUAUUAUUGGGGAAGAAAAAAUAAGCGAGGAUUUUCUUUUAAAAUAAGUUGAGGCCAACCUACCCUACAGGACACCUCCCUGAAGAAAAAGGCACAGCUGUGCCUCCAGUUCCUGAGGAGACUGAGGCAAGUGAAGCUCCCUACCUUCCCACACCCAUCUUAACUGCAUUUUAUAGGAGCACCAUUGAGAGUGUCCUGACAAGUUGCAUCUUCAUCUGGUAUGGGAGCAGCAGAGUAUCGGAUCAGAAGUCCUGACAGGGCUGUGAGAGUGACUGAGAAGAUCAUAGGGAUCUCCAGUGGUCCAAUGGGGUCACUUUUCAGGAAUGCUGCACACACAGGGCACUUAGUGCUAUCAAGGAUCCCACCCAUCCAUCCAGCAUCAUCUUUGACAUUCUACAUCAGGUAGGAGACUCCCAAUACAUAAGACAAGAAUGGUCAGGCUGGGAAACAGCUUCUUCCCGCAGGCCGUUAGGCUUCUGAACUCCCUAUCUCAUCGCACUUGAAAUGUCACGAUAAUAUGCAUUGUACCCUACAAUAUUUAAUUUAUGCACUUUGUUUAUUAUUAUGUAAUUCAUUUGUAGAUUUAAUGCUUACUUUCUUAAGUUAUUGUGUGUUAUGAGUAGCACUGUGCUUUACAGCCUGGUCUAGAGAAAUGUCUUGUUUAGCAGUAUACAUGUAUACAGCUAAAUAACAAAAAACUUGAUUUGACAAUAACAAAACAAGCCCUUGCUUCCUACCCCACACACCCCAGGUAAGGCCUCCACUUUUCUGGGCCUUCAGAUUCCGGUGGACUCUAAAGGCUGGUUUAUUCUUGUGUGUAUGGGCUAUGCCACAGCCUACAUCGUAACCCUGAUAUUGACUUCUGUGUUGCUGUACCGAGCAUGAGUUUGUGUGCGCCAAUAUGCUAGUUGGCGGUGGGGUUUCUAUGCCACUGUGUUGAGUUUCUUCAUGACAGACAUGGACGAGGAAAUGCAUUUCGAACAGUUUUGCAUGUCAGCAGGUAGAUUUGACGAUUUGGUUCGUCUAUUUCGCAUCGGUGUGCACACAGCCUACAGACAUGGCGGAGCAGAAACAACCAGAAAUGUGUAGGUGGACAUGCGAUGCUACCAAACAGACUAAUCACAGUUGCAGUCUGCAUUGCCGCAACACAUGAGUGACUUUUCUGGAGAGGCGUGCGUCACCCUAAUGCAUAGAGUACAGUGUAGGUACAGCGUAGGGUACGCGUUACCUACGGUAUCGAUGUGACACACAAUCGUAAAUCAGCCUUUAACUAUCCAACAUCAGAUCUUUGACUUCCCCAGCAAUCUUGCAAAGGGUCACAGACCCAAGGCUUCAGCCAUCGGGCCUCAACUUUUGGACUUUCAAUCUAUCCCAGACUCGCCAAUGACAAUGAAAUGAAGACCCCAAAUUCUGGGCCUCAAACUCAGGUCUCUCAGACUUAUGUACCUGGGAGGUCAUUGGCCCUCAUGCUUCCUGUCUGCACAAAACUCCAAUGCCAGAAAAUGCUGCUGAUUAAUUCUCAUUUACCUUAGGGUGGGGGCCACUUGCCUUUGUCCUCGCUGGUCUACCAGACCGACAUUCAACCUCAGGAACUAUGUAAGCAAAUUCCACACAUUUAUUUAUUUAGAGAUACAGCUCGGUAACAGGCCCUUCCAGCCCAGUGAGGCCGUGCCACCCAAACUACACACGUGACCAAUUAACCUACUAACCCAUAUAUCUGGAAUGUGAGUGGAAACUGGAGCACCUGGAGGAAACCCACACAGUCAUGGGGAGAACGUACAAACUGCUUGCAGUGACCCCAGAUUACAUUACAGAUAAUCUGUCCCAGUGCACACCCAGUUCAUUAGCCAAGUGAUAUCGGACCAUGUUCAUGAAAGGCACGGCCCAGAUUAAAGUGGCUCCACCAUCCUAUCUGCCACAGCCCCACAUACCUCACCACACUAAACUCCACAACUUUAUCUCUCCCAGCCAGACAUGUACAUCCAGCGGCCGUACACUCAAACCUAAUCCUCAGGUCCAAGUGGGCACACAGCACCACUAACCCUAGGUGCACCCCAUUUAACCUCGACCACACCCCUACAAACCCGAUGACGUGUGGUGAGGGGGAGGAAGAUCCAAUAAAGGCAAGUGUUGGACCUGGUUAAUGAAGGCGUGGGCCAGAUGAAUGUGGCAGGAUUGUGUGACACUGAAUCUCGAGUGACAAGAUCAAGAAGCACAAGAGGGAUGAUUCUCCCACUACCCACAUACUCUCAACCCUGACUGGUCAAACAAAAUUGUUAUGGAAACAGCAUGAAGAAUCCCUCUGCAUGUGAAUGUGACAGAAUACCCGAGUCUCCACCAGGGCUUUCGUGACUGACACUAGUGGAAACCAGAGGAAGCGACUGAUAUAAUGAAGGAAGCAGCAAACACCACCAGAGAUGGAGGAGCUUCAUUGCUGCUCUAAAUGCUGGCGGUGUAAUGGGCAGAAAUAAGUAAGUAAUGUUACUGUGUACAAUAGGCUCUCCUGAAAUACACACCAACUAGUCUGGCAUGGUUUAAUAAAUCAUUGUAAGAAAUUGCUUAUCAUAUGUACUGACUGGAAUAUAAAUGAAUGCCUGUGGUCAUGAAUAUUGACAAGUUAGCUUUUAUUUAUUUAGUGUAAUCAGUAAAUACAUGUCUCGACUUUAUUAAAAUUUAAUGUGCUUUUCCAUCACCAUGUUGGAGAUGCUGAAGUGUUGGAAUGGACAGUAGUUUUGAUGGACUGUCAAUGAUGGUCUCUGCAAGAUUUGCUGUUGCUUGCAUGGUGGAGGGGGGGGUUUGAUGCUUUUGCUGGGGCAAGUGGGGGGAAGGGGAGGGUUGAUGAUUUUCUUGCUGAAUGUUAGGGGGAGGGAGACUUUGGGGUUCUAACGUUUUCUGUCAUUCAUUCUUUGCGUUUUUCUGUUUUGUGAAUGUGAAGAGUAAGGAUUUCAGGUUGUAUACUGUAUACACUCUGAUAUUAAAUUGAAACAUUGAACCAUAACUCUUUUAAACAUUAAUGGAUUUCCAGCCUAAACAGAACAACCGCCCAUCUCACUGUUGCCAUGGGGACAUCUGAUGUUUUUCUGUGUGACCAAACAGGGAAGUAUCAUUUUAAGUGUUAAGUGUGU